AUGACUUCCAAGUAUUGUACCCACACUAUCUCUUCUAGGUCUGGGAAGGGAUCGUGUGUCACAGGUGGUGCUUUCCCUUGGCUUUCUUCAGUCUGCUCCAGUAGUCCUUCCAGGUUUCCAGGUCUCUCAUAUGGUGGAAGAAAUAUUUCAGCUUCUUCUGUUAAACUGGGAUCUUCUGGAUUAGGAAACUGGUUGCCUAGUUCCUUUCUACCCUCUGGUUACUAUGGCCCAGGGUUUGCUGGAUGGUGUGAUGAAGGGAUUUUCAAUAGUAAUGAAAAGGAAACUAUGCAGUUCCUCAAUGACCGCCUGGCUUGCUAUUUGGAGAAAGUGCGUCACCUGGAGCAGGAGAAUGCUGACUUGGAAUGCAAGAUUCGUGAGUGGUAUGAAUGUCAAGUCCCCUAUGUGUGCACUGAUUUCCAGGCUUUCUAUAAGACCUUGGAGGAGCUUCAGCAACAGAUUUUGUGUGCCAAGACAAACAAUGCCAAGAUGGUCUUGCAGAUUGACAAUGCCAGGCUGGCUGCAGAUGACUUCAGAACCAAGUUUGAAAGUGAACAAGUUAUUCGCCAGAGUGUUGAUGCUGACAUUAAUGGCCUGCGUAGAAUUAUGGAUGAAUUUACUCUAUGCCGAGCUGACUUGGAGAUGCAACUGGAAUCCCUGAAGGAGGAGCUGCUCUGUCUCAAAAAAAAUCAUGAGGAGGAAGCCAGCGUACUGCGAUGUCAGCUUGGUGCCAGAGUCAAUGUGGAAGUUGAUGCUGCUCCGUCAUGUGACUUGAAUAAGGUGCUAAAUGAGAUAAGAUGUCAGUAUGAGAACUUGGUGGAAAACAAUCGCAAAGAUGUUGAGGCCUGGUUCUCAACCAAGAUGGAAGAACUGAACCAGCAAGUGAUCUCCAGUGGAGAACAGCUGCAGUGCUGCCAGACAGAGAUUACUGAUCUGAGACGUACUAUACAGGCCCUGGAGAUUGACCUGGAAGCCCAGACAAGCAUGAAAUCCACUCUUGAAUGCACCUUGCACGAAACUGAAAACCGCUAUGCCUCCCAGCUUGCCCAUCUCCAGUGCCUGAUCACCAAUGUGGAAGCUCAGCUAGCUGAACUUCGAUGUGACAUUGAACGGCAAAACCAAGAGUAUAUGGUUCUUCUUGAUGUCAAGACCCGCUUGGAGACUGAGAUUGCCACCUACCGCCGGCUACUGGAAGGGGAGGACUGCAAGCUUCCCAGUUUCCCAUGUGUCCCAGAUUGUGCACCACCUUCCCAAAUCACUACAAAAAUCCGCACCAUCACUGAGGAGAUUAAGGAUGGGAGAGUCAUUUCUUCCCGAAAACAAGUCCAGCAUUGCCCCCCUUUAGUACUCUAA